AGUUAAGGCCACUCACUCGAUCUGACUCUGAGCUGAAGCCAUCACAGGAGAGGAGACAGGACGCUGCAGUGGAUAUGGGUGGAAGCUGCAGUAGAAGACAGUGGGUUCUUCUGGUAUCAGGUUCUAAAGGCUGGGAAAACUACAGGCACCAGGCCAACGUGUGUCACGCCUAUCAGGUCGCUCGACAGAACGGUGUUCCAGAAGAGCAGAUGGUGGUGAUGAUGUACGAUGAUAUUGCAGAUAAUACAGAAAAUCCCACAUAUGGAAACAUAAUCAACAUCACUAAUGGUCCUAAUGUUUACCCUGGAGUUUCAAAGGACUACACUGGAAGGGUAAUGAAUUAAUGUAAUUAUAAAGAAAUACUGUGAUUAGAAGUGUGUGUGUGUGUGUGUGUGUG